GAGGAGAGAAAAGAAAGAUUUAUGUUCUUGUGUUACAUGCCUUGUCAUUCUAUAUAUGUACUUACAAAAUGCCUGUUGGUUUGAUAGCGCCAAAGCAUUCAGCUACAUCCCCAGAGGUUACUGAUUUGAAGUGAUAACAUCCUUCAGUGUUUCUGAUUGUAUAUGCAUAUGUGAGGCAUUGACACCAAUCUAUGCCUAUGUGAUUCCUUCACAAGUGAAUGUAUUUCACCUUCAAACUCCCUUCCUGUGCUUUGGUAUGAGGAUUUUUUAAAAAACCUAAAUGAUAUGCUGGGAGGGAAGUCUGAGAGAGGAGGCUGUGGCUACAAUGGGAAGGGAAUCCCAUCAGCAGUUUCUGGCAGUCUCAGGCCUUCUGUAAAGAGUUUUCUAAAUCCAAAGUAUUUGAUCUGGAAUGAAUUAAGCUAAUCUGGCAUAUUUUGAGUGUAACUGUUGUUCUGCACAAUCCGUUCCCUUUCUUAGGUUUUCAAAUACUGUGGAAGAUGUUGGUCAACUAGUAAGGGCUAGUGUGGUGGUUUGUGUUUUUGUGGCUCUUUUUGUGUGUGUGUGUGUGUGUGUGUGUGUGUGUGUGUGACUGUGUGGAACCCAGUUCAGCUACUGAUUGAUUGUGUGACUCAAACAUUGUUUAUUGUUUUCAUUUUAUGGAUCAAUGGUCUCAUUUGAUAGUAAAAUUCAUGUUAAAUUGCUUUUUGGGGAUUGUUAUUAAAAGUCUGGAAUGGAUUAAUCUAUUUUGCAUUACUUUCUAUGGGAAAGCGCGCCUUGGUAUUGGAACACUUUGGUUUUGGAAUGGACUUCCGGAAUGGAUUACGUUUGAGAACCAAGGCACCACUCAGGAGAUCUGGUCAAUAUAAUAUGAACCAUGACAACUCUAAGAAACCCUCAGGGAAGCCCCCUUAUAAUCGUUCAGGUUCUCAAGAUUCACUCGAUGAAUUAUCCAUGGAUGACUACUGGAAAGAACUUGAAAACAUCAAUGAAACCAGAGGCAAUAACUCUGAAGAACAAGCAGUGGUUCUGGUGAAGGAGCCUGAUGAGGGGGAAUUGGAAGAGGAGUGGCUAAAAGAAGCUGGUUUGUCAAACCUCUUUGGUGAGGCUGUUGCUGACUCUCAAGAAAGCAUGGUGGUUUUGGCUACACUGACGCGUACGCAGGCAGCAGCCGUGCAGAAAAGAGUGGAGACAGUCACACAGACAAUGAGGAAGAAAAACAAGCAGUACCAAGUUCCUGAUGUGAGAGAUAUAUUCAAGCAGCAAAAUGAGUCAAAGGAAAAAGAAAUUGGCAGUGAACACCAGUCUGUAAGAACAAAAGAAAACAAAGAGGAGGACACAAAAGAGGCAUCUUGUCAACAUAUUGAUUAUGAUCAUCCAAGAGAAGAUGUUCCAGUGACUGAAACGGACAUUAACUUGGAAAUAUCAUUUUCGGAGCAGGCAGCUACGCUCAAAGAUGACCCAGCAGGCAAAGUCUCAAAGGGCAAAGAGGAUGACACACUCCUUCCUAAUUUCAGACUGCCAAAAGACAAAACGGGUACAACAAAGAUUGGAGACCUUGCCCCCCAAGAUAUGAAGAAGGUCCACGCUCUGGCAUUAAUUGAGCUGACGGCUCUUUUUGAUAUACUUGGAACAGAACUGAAGCCACAAAAAGCAAUAAAAAUCAAAACCAAAGAAUCUGGUCUUUUUGGUGUCCCGCUGUCAGUUUUGCUAGAACAAGAUCAGAAGAGGGUGCCAGGCAUCCGGAUACCACUAAUUUUUCAAAAACUCAUUUCCCAUAUAGAAGAAGGAAAGCUGGAUACAGAAGGGCUUCUUCGAAUACCAGGUGUGGCAGCAAGGGUAAAGAAUCUUUGCCAUGAGCUUGAAGCAAAGUUUUAUGAAGGGACUUUCCAAUGGGAAAAUGUAAAACAACACGAUGCAGCAAGUCUUCUGAAACUCUUUAUCCGAGAACUGCCUCAACCGCUGCUCACUGUGGAGUAUCUCAAGGCCUUCCAGGAUGUGCAAAAACUUCCAACGAAGAAGCAUCAGCUGCAAGCACUGAAUCUAUUGGUCCUCCUUCUCCCAGACGGAAAUAGAGAUACUCUUAAGGCACUGCUUGAAUUUCUUCAAAGGGUAAUUGAUAACCGAGAUAAAAAUAAAAUGACCCUAAAGAAUGUUGCCAUGGUUAUGGCUCCAAACAUCUUCAUGUUUCAUGGUUUGGGCUCAAAGAACACAGAGCAAAGCGAGUUCGUUAUGGCGGCUGGGACAGCAAAUGUCAUGCGUUUUAUGAUUAGAAACCAGAACCUUUUGUGGACUAUUCCUACAUUCCUUGUGAACCAAGUAAGAAAGCAAAAUACUGAAAGUCAGAAAAAGGAAAAAAAGGAUAAAGCUGUGAAAAAAUUGCUGAAGAAAAUGGCUUAUGACCGUGAAAAACACGAGAAGCAAGAUAAAAAUGUCAAUGAUGUAAAAAGUGUCAAUGAGGCUGAUGUUCCUCAGGGAGUAAUACGGGUGCAAGCACCUCAUCUUUCCAAAGUUUCCAUGGCAAUCCAGCUGACAGGAGAACUAAAAGCUUGUGAUGUAGUGGCCAGGUUCCUCAGCCAAAAAAGUGCAACCGUCCAGUCUCUGAAGAAAGAAGAAGUGUUUUUAUAUGAAGUUGGAGGGAACAUUGGUGAACGCUGCCUGGAUGAUGAUACCUAUAUGAAGGAUUUGCAUCAGCUGAACCCAAAUGCUGAGUGGGUUAUAAAAUCUAAAAACUGCUGACUUUUUUAAUUUUCAAAGAGAUAACUGUGACUGAUUUUUGUAAAACUAAUGUUCACGUCCACCAAAAUAAAAGUGUGAUGUAUUCAUUGGAUAUGUCACAAAUAUUGCACUGUUAAGGGGCAUUGUCAGUGCUGCAGUUGGCUUACAUGAAGCCUUCUCUCUUUCUCCCAAGUCAAUGCAAACUACUGUAGCAAAACUGGUAGGGCAGGUAGCUGUGUGAUCUUAACUGAUUUUGUUGCACAGGAACAGUAUGUUCAGAACUUUUUUCUUAUGGGAAGCAUUGUGCCUUUGGUAUGGUCCCAUCUAAUUCCCAUUACUUUCAUAUUGCUUGUUUAUAACUUCAUUUCUCCAACGACGGGUCAAUUUUCUUAACGAAGACAUCUGUAAAAAUUAGAUGUUCCUUCAUUGAGCCAUCCAAAUUAUAAAUGGUGCCUGUAUUCCCUAUGUAAUUGGGACAAUAGUGGCACAAAGUAUGCCACACAAGCUUACUACAUGCAUUUGUUUAAGUCACACAAAACCAUGUACCUACCCUUUUUGUCCCCAGAAAUAUAGGAAAGCUAAUGUGACAUAAUACUGACAAAACUAUCUUUACCCAGAAACAAUUCCUGUGAUCAUUGUGAUGAAAAAUGUAUUGCUAUGAAGUCAGUAUACCAAAGAAAAUAUCUGUAUUACCACCCUAGAUUCUACAGUCUUCUCAGUUCUUAAUGAGCUGCUACAAAUAUAAGCAUUCUAGGGAAAGGAAAUAUAUAUGGAACUUAAGUUCCAUAACAUAUUAGGCAUUUCCUUCCUAAUUCCAUUUUGACAAUAGUGUGAAAUUUUGAAUAUAGAUGCUUCUGUGUGAUGAGUGCAAUACUCACACUGGGAAAUCUAUGCAGGUUGGGGAAAGAAUAAUAUGUAUAGUGUCUCCAUGUAUGGUAUUAAUGUGACUAGUCAUAUCAAUGAUCAUUCAAGGGUCAAAUAGACAUAUGCACAGAUAAUGUUUUCAAUUCAGUAUUGUCUAAAGUCAAUGAAGUCCAAAGAUAAUAUUCAUGACCUUUUAAUUUCAGCAUACUCACGUUGAAGCUUACAGUGUAGUCGUUGAGCACACUAUUGUGCAUUCUGUGCAGAUUAACAUGGCUGAAAGUCUCACAAUGAAAGGUAUGGCCCUGGGCUUUGCUUAAGCAUUCUCUUAACAACAAAGUUGUCAUCAAAAGCGAUUCACUUGUGGUUGAACAGGCAUCCCCAAACUUCGGCCCUCCAGAUGUUUUGGACUACAAUUUCCAUCCUCUCCGACCACUGGUCCUGUUAGCUAGGGAUCAUAAGAGUUGUAGGCCAAAACAUCUGGAGGGCCGCAGUUUGGGGAUGCCUGUGGUUGAACAUAAAGAUGUGUUUUUCUCCCUACAGUGGAAAGGGUGAGGCUAAUUUUAUGCAGAUGAGUAUUUACCUUACGUAGGUAGGGCUCACAGCAGAUGUUUGCAAGGACAUGUUGACCUUUGCAUUUUGUUCUUCAGAAACAAAACCAACAGAAAUUAAGCUUGUAUAAAUAAGGACAAAAAGAGGAUGAAAUAUAUUACUGCUAGGAUGCAAAUCUUAAGAUGCCUUCCUAUUUUCAACAAGUGACUAUUACUGACAUUCAUUUUUGGCGGUAGCUAUGAGCUAUUGCACCACCGACAAACCAUGUGCUCCUGUGUCACUGAAAUUAUUGUAGCUUCUCUUGCUCCACAAUUAAUAGGCUAUCGCCUAUUAAUAGGUGUUGUAUCCAGAAGAGUCAGAUGUUCAGAGGCACAAACCUCAGUGGUAUCUGAACUUGUAACAUUCCCAGGGAAUUGCAACAUAAUCUCCUGCCAUAAAAUGACUGUAUGAGUCGUGAACAUACCAUAAAUAACAAAACAAUUUUUUGAACCCUCACUCUUUGCAAUCUGGUACUUUGGUGGGAUUUGACUGUUUCAGGUCAGUAAAGUAGGGAGAAGAAAGCUUGUUUGAGCAGGAACUAGCUAGCACAGGGAAUCUCUGGCCCUCCUGCUGUUUUUGGACUCCCAUCAUCCCUGGCCAUUUGUCAUGCUGGCAGGGGCUGAUGGGAGUUGUAGUCUGACAGCAUCUGGAGGGCUGUGAAUCCUGCAUCCUUAAGCUGGAAGCUCCUGGAACUCUUAUCUCUCCUGCUACAGUCCACAUGGCUACCAGGAUGGCUUUCCCUUCUCUCCUUGAUUGGCAUGCAGCCAUAACUGGGGAUUCCCAGCAGCCAUCUCUGGCAAAGAGGGAAUUUGAAAGGCAGAAUAGUUUAUGAAUCUGGAACCUAGUUUAACAGGUAAUACGAGAUGCAUAAUGAAACCUUUGUAAUACUUUACAGUCUGUAGUUGCUGCAAACCAGACUUAAUUGCAAGGGAAAUUUUAGGUAUUUGAAUCAGAAACAAUUACUGCUGCUGGGAACAGCUGUAGCGGUCAUUAAACUACAAAUGGCCUGUAGAUUUGAUUUUUUAAAAAAAUAACUUUUGUUGCAGGGUUAGUGCCAUUAUCUUUUUAUUACUAUUUGAACAGCUCUUUUAUAUAUGUAAAUUAAUUUUCAUAAUCUCAUUUGAUUUAUGAGGUGUAUACAUGGAGUAUACACAACAGAUACACUGACUAGUUGUUGAAUCAGCUAAUGGGGAAGGAUGGGGAGUUACCACACUUGUGUAGAUUUGUACAUAAAAUGUUUCAGAUGAAAAAUGGUGAGUCUGUGUUUUCCUUUUCUGUGUAUGUGUGUUGUUGCAUAGGGCACACCACCAGGUCUUUGAAAACAGAAGUCUCGGGGGGGG